AUGCCAGGGGCGGCCGGGGUCCUCCUGGCCUUGCUCCUGAGCGGAGGCCUCGGGGGCGGCGAGGCGCAGAAUCGGCGGCAGUCCCAGGCGCAUCAGCAAAGAGGUCUAUUCCCUGCUGUUCUAAAUCUUGCUUCUAAUGCUCUCAUUACUACAAAUGCGACAUGUGGAGAAAAAGAACCCGAAAUGUAUUGCAAGUUGGUCGAGCAUGUCCCUGGGAAGCCUGUGAGAGACCCCCAGUGUCGAAUCUGCAAUCAAAGCAGCAGCGAUCCUAAACAGAGACACCCGAUUACGAAUGCUAUUGAUGGGAAGAACACUUGGUGGCAGAGUCCCAGUAUCAAGAAUGGAAUUGAAUAUCAUUAUGUGACAAUCACACUGGACUUGCAGCAGGUAUUCCAGAUUGCAUAUGUGAUUGUGAAAGCAGCGAACUCUCCUCGGCCUGGAAACUGGAUUUUAGAACGUUCACUUGAUAAUGUUGAAUACAAGCCAUGGCAAUAUCAUGCAGUGACAGAUUCAGAGUGCCUAGUCCUCUACAAUAUUCAUCCCCGCACUGGACCGCCCUCCUAUGCCAAAGAUGAUGAGGUCAUCUGCACUUCAUUUUAUUCCAAGAUACAUCCCUUAGAAAAUGGAGAGAUUCACAUCUCUUUGAUCAAUGGAAGACCAAGUGCUGAUGAUCCUUCUCCUGAGCUGUUAGAAUUUACUUCUGCUCGCUACAUUCGUCUGAGAUUUCAGAGGAUCCGCACCUUGAAUGCAGAUUUGAUGAUGUUGGCUCACAAAGACCCAAGAGAGAUUGACCCCAUUGUCACAAGGAGGUAUUACUACUCAGUCAAGGAUAUUUCGGUUGGAGGGAUGUGCAUCUGCUAUGGUCAUGCCAGGGCUUGUCCACUUGAUCCAGCAACAAAUAAAUCCCGCUGUGAGUGUGAGCAUAAUACGUGUGGAGACAGCUGUGAUCAGUGCUGUCCAGGAUUCCAUCAGAAACCUUGGCGAGCUGGAACUUUCCUAAUGAAAUCUGAAUGUGAAGCAUGCAAUUGCCAUGGGAAAACUGAAGAAUGCUAUUAUGAUGAAAAUAUUGCCAGAAAAAAUUUGAGUUUAAAUAUACAUGGAAAAUACAUUGGAGGUGGUGUGUGCCUCAAUUGUACCGAAAAUACUGCGGGUAUAAACUGCGAAACAUGCAUUGAUGGUUUCUUCAGACCCAAAGGAGUAUCUCCAAAUGAUCCGAAACCUUGCCAGCCAUGCAAUUGUGAUUCAAUUGGUUCCUUAAACAAAGUCUGUGUAAAGGAUAUAAAGCAUGCUAAACAAGGUCUGCCCCCUGGGUCCUGCCAUUGCAAACCUGGCUUUGGAGGAGUGAGCUGUGAACGGUGUGCCAGAGGCUACAAGGGCUACCCAGAUUGCAAACCCUGUAACUGCAGUGGUGAAGGAAGCACAAAUGAAGACCCUUGUGUUGGGCCCUGUAAUUGCAAGGAAAAUGUUGAAGGAGGAGACUGUAGUCGCUGCAAAUCUGGCUUCUUUAACUUGCAAGAAGAUAAUCCUAAAGGUUGUGAUGAGUGUUUCUGUUCAGGAGUUUCAAAGCAAUGUCAGAGUUCCUACUGGACUUAUGACAAUAUACAAGACAUGAGUGGCUGGUACCUGACUGACCUCACAGGACACAUUAAAGUGACUCCCGAGCAGGAUGAUGUCAUUCCACCUCACAUCAGCAUCAGUAGUAGUGAGGCCCAGAGAGCCCUGCCAGAGAACUACUUCUGGAGUGCGCCGGCUCCGUACUUAGGAAACAAACUCACAGCAGCUGGAGGACAUCUGACAUUUACUACAUCAUAUGACUUCGAAGAAGAGGAAGAAGACAGAGAACACAGACUCCAGUUUAUAAUUAUCCUAGAGGGAAAUGGCUUGAGAAUCAGCACAAUCCAAGAUGAGGUAUACCUGAAACCAUUUGAAGAACUUACUAAUGUGUUUCCAUUUAAAGAAGAACUAUUUACUCUUCAUGGUACAAAUUCCCCAGUCAGUAGAAAAGAGUUUAUGACUGUGCUUGCAAAUUUAAAGAGGCUCCUCAUACAAAUCACAUACAGCCUUGGGAUGGAUGCCAUCUUCAGGUUGGGUUCUGUUGGUCUGGAAUCUGCUGUCACCUAUCCGGUUCAGUUUCCUAAUGAAAGAACUGCAGUGGCUGUGGAAGUCUGUCAGUGUCCAGCAGGGUAUACAGGCUCUUCCUGUGAAUCUUGUUGGCCUAGACACAGACGGGUGAAUGGCACUAUUUUUGGUGGCGUCUGUGAAGCCUGUCAGUGCUUUGGUCAUGCAGAGUCCUGCGAUGAUGUCACUGCUGAAUGCCUGGACUGCAAGGAUCACACAGGUGGCCCUUAUUGCAAUCAAUGUCUUCAUGGUUUCUAUGGCGAUCCUACUAAAGGAACCUCUGAAGACUGUCAGCCCUGUGCUUGUCCACUCAAUAUUCCAUCCAAUAACUUUAGCCCGACGUGUCAUUUAGACCGCAGUCUCGGAUUGAUCUGUGAUGAAUGCCCUGCCGGGUACGCAGGACCACGCUGUGAGAGGUGUGCAGAAGGCUAUUUUGGACAACCUUCUGUACCUGGAGGAUCAUGUCAGCCUUGCCAAUGCAAUGACAACCUCGACUUCUCCAUCCCUGGCAGCUGUGACAACUUGUCUGGCUCCUGUCUGAUAUGUAAGCCAGGUACAACAGGCCGCUACUGUGAGCUCUGUGCUGAUGGAUAUUUUGGAGACGCUGUUGAUGCAAAGAACUGUCAGCCUUGUCGCUGUAAUGCCAAUGGCUCUUUCUCUGAUGUUUGCAACACUAAGACAGGACAAUGUGAAUGCAGACCCAAUGUGCAGGGAUGGCGUUGUGAUGAAUGUAAGCCUAAAACCUUCGGCCUGCAGUCAGGAAGGGGUUGUGUUCCUUGUAACUGCAAUUCCUUUGGGUCUAAAUCAUUCGAUUGUGAAGAGAAUGGGCAGUGUUGGUGCCAACCUGGAGUCACAGGAAAGAAAUGUGACCGCUGUGCUCACGGCUACUUCAAGUUCCAAGAAGGAGGUUGCACAGCUUGUGACUGUGCUCAUCUGGGUAAUAAUUGUGAUCCAAAAACUGGUCGAUGCAUCUGUCCUCCCAAUACCGUUGGAGAGAAAUGUUCAAAAUGUGCACCUAAUACCUGGGGCCACAGUAUUAUCACUGGUUGUAAGGCUUGUAACUGCAGCACAGAGGGCUCUCUGGAUUUCCAGUGUAAUAUAAACACUGGCCAGUGCAACUGUCAUCCAAAAUUCUCAGGAGCAAAAUGUUCGGAGUGUAGCCAAGGUCACUGGAACUUCCCACACUGCACUCCCUGUGAUUGCUUCCUUCCCGGCACUGAUGACUCAACCUGCGAUUCAGGAACAAAAAAGUGCUUCUGCAGCGACAAAGUGGGGCAGUGCACUUGUAAGGUGAAUGUGGAAGGUAUCCAUUGUGACAAGUGUCAGCCAGGCAAAUUUGGACUCGAUGCCAAGAAUCCUCUUGGCUGCAGCAGCUGCUACUGCUUCGGUGUUACUACUCAGUGCUCUGAAGCAAAAGGACUGAUUCGUACGCGGGUUACCCUGACACCUGAGCAGACCAUUCUCCCCCUGGUGGAUGAGGCACUGCAGCACACAACCACCAAAGGCAUUGCUUUUCAACACCCAGAGAUUGUUGCACAGAUGAAUCUCGUGAAACAAGAGCUCCAUUUGGAGCCUUUUUAUUGGAAACUUCCAGAACAAUUUGAAGGAAAGAAGUUGUUGGCUUACGGUGGCAAACUCAAGUAUACAAUCUAUUUUGAAGCUCGAGAUGAAACAGGCUUCUCUACUUACAACCCUCAAGUGAUCAUUCGAGGUGGGACUCCUACUCAUGCUAGAGUUAUCGUCAGGCAUAUGGCUGCUCCUCUAAAUGGCCAAUUGACAAGGCAUGAAAUUGAAAUGACAGAGAAAGAAUGGAAAUACUAUGGAGAUGACCCUCGAAUAAGUAGAACUGUGACCCGUGAACACUUCUUGGAUACUCUAUAUGAUAUUCACUAUAUUCUUAUCAAGGCUACUUAUGGAAAUGUCAUGCGACAAAGCAGGAUUUCUGAAAUCUCCAUGGAGGUGGCUGAACAAGGACAAGUAACGGCAUUGACUCCAGCAGCUCACUUGAUAGAAAAAUGUGAUUGUCCCCCAGGUUACUCUGGCUUGUCCUGCGAGAACUGCCUGCCAGGAUUUUAUCGAAGUCGCUCUGAGCUUGGAGGUCACACAGCUGGACCAACCCUGGGUACCUGUGUUCCUUGUCAGUGUAAUGGACACAGCAAUAUGUGUGAUCCUGAAACUUCUAUAUGCCAGAAUUGCCAACAUAACACUGCAGGUGACUUCUGUGAACGAUGUGCUCUUGGAUACUAUGGAAUUGUGAAAGGACUUCCAAAUGACUGUCAGCAGUGUGCUUGCCCUCUGAUUUCUUCCAGCAAUAAUUUCAGUCCUUCAUGUGUCUUGGAAGGCCUGGAUGAUUACCGUUGUACAGAGUGUCCCAGAGGAUAUGAAGGCCAGUACUGUGAAAGGUGUGCCCCUGGCUAUACUGGUAGCCCACGCAGCCCCGGAGGCUCCUGUCAAGAAUGUGAGUGUGACCCUCAUGGCUCACUGCCUGUCCCCUGUGACCCGGUCACAGGGUUCUGCACAUGCAGACCCGGAGCCACAGGGAAGAAGUGUGACGGCUGCGAACACUUGCAUGCACGCGAGGGCACGGAGUGUAUUUUUUGUGGCGAUGAAUGCACAGGCCUUCUCCUCACUGACCUGGCUCGCCUGGAGCAGAUGGCCAUGAGCAUCAACCUCACUGGCCCUCUGCCUGCUCCAUACAAAAUACUCUAUGGUCUUGAAAAUACAACUCAGGAAUUGAAGCAUUUGCUCUCACCCCAGCGAGCCCCGGAGAGACUAAUUCAGUUGGCAGAGGGCAAUCUGAACACUCUUGUGACAGAGAUGAAUGAGCUUCUGACCAGGGCUACCAAAGUGACGGCAGAUGGCGAGCAAACUGGACAGGAUGCUGAGAGGAGCAACACAAGAGCAAAUGCUCUAGGAGAAUUCAUUAAGGAGCUUAUUCGGGAUGCAGAAGCUGUAAAUGAGAAAGCUGUAAAACUAAAUGAAACUCUAGGAACUCAAGACAAGGCCUUUGAGAGAAAUAUUCAAGAGUUUCAAAAACAGAUUGAUCAGAUGAUGUCAGAACUGAGGAGGAAAAAUCUAGAUUCACAGAAGGAAGUUGCUGAGGACGAGUUGGUAGCUGCUGAAGGCCUUCUGAAGAAAGUGAAGAAGCUGUUUGGAGAGUCUCGAGGCAGAAAUGAAGAAAUGGAGAAGAACCUCAGGGAGAAACUAACUGACUACCAAAACAAAGUUGAUGAUGCUCAGGACUUGUUGAGAGAAGCCACAGACAAAAUUAGAGAAGCUAAUAGCUUAUCGGCAGCAAACAAACAAAAUAUGACUGUUCUCGAGACAAAGAAGGAGGCUAUAUUAAGUGGAAAACAAGAAAUUGAGAACACUUUAAAAGACGGUAACAACCUGCUUGAUGAAGCCAACCGUCUUGCAAAUGAAAUCAACUCAGUUAUAGACUACACUGAAGACAUUCAAACUAAAUUGCCAUCCAUGUCUGAGGAACUUAAAGAUAAAAUAGAUGACCUCUCCCAAAAAAUAAAGGACCAGAAACUUGCUGAGAAGGUUUCCCAGGCCGAGAGCCAUGCAGCUCAAUUGAACGACUCAUCUGCUAUCCUUGACAGAAUCCUUGAUGAAGCUAAAAACAUCUCCUUCAAUGCAACUGCAGCCUUCAAUGCUUACAGCAAUAUUAAGAACUAUAUUGAUGAAGCUGAGAAACUUGCCAUGGAAGCCAAAGAUCUUGCAAAUGAAGCUACAAAACUGGCAACAGGUCCUCAGGGUUUAUUAAAGGAAGAUGCCAAAACCUCUCUCCAGAAAAGUUUUGGGAUUCUUAAUGAAGCCAGAAAGUUAGCAAAUGAUGUGAAAGAAAAUGACCAUCAUUUGAAUGGCUUGACAACCAGAUUAGAAAAUGCUGAUGCUAGAAAUGGAAAUCUCUUAAGAGCUCUGAAUGACACUUUGGGGAAGUUAUCAGCCAUUCCAAGUGACACAGCAGACAAACUGCAAGCUGUGAAGGACAAGGCAAGACAAGCUAAUGAUACAGCCAAGAGUGUACUGGCACAGAUAAGAGAUCUUCACCAGAAUCUGGAUGGCCUGAAGAAAAAUUACAAACAACUAGCCGACAGUGUAGCCAAAACAAAUGCUGUGGUCAAAGAUCCUUUGAAGAACAAAAUCAUUGAAGAUGCAGAUGCCACUGUGAAAAAUCUAGAACAAGAGGCUGAUAGGCUGAUAGAUAAACUCAAGCCCAUCAAAGAACUUGAGGAUAAUCUGAAGAAAAACAUUUCUGAAAUAAAGGAAUUGAUAAAUCAAGCACGGAAGCAAGCCAAUUCUAUCAAAGUAUCGGUAUCUUCUGGAGGUGACUGCAUUCGAACAUACAAGCCUGAAAUCAAGAAAGGAAGCUACAAUAAUAUUGUUGUCAAUGUAAAGACACCUGUUGCCGAUAACCUCCUCUUUUAUCUUGGGAGUGCUAAAUUUGUUGAUUUUCUGGCUAUUGAAAUGCGUAAAGGUAAAGUAAGCUUUCUCUGGGAUGUUGGAUCUGGAGUUGGACGUGUAGAGUAUCCAGAUUUGACUAUUGAUGACUCGUAUUGGUACCGUAUUGAGGCAUCAAGAACUGGGAGAAAUGGAACUAUUUCUGUGAGAGCCCUGGAUGGACCCAAAGCCAGCAUCCUGCCCAGUGUCUACCAUUCAGCAUCACCUCCAGGGUACACUAUUCUAGAUGUGGAUGCAAAUGCAAUGCUCUUCGUGGGUGGCUUGACUGGAAAAUUAAAGAAGGCAGAUGCUGUACGUGUGAUCACAUUCACUGGUUGCAUGGGAGAAACUUACUUUGACAGCAAACCAAUAGGAUUGUGGAAUUUCCGAGAAAUAGAAGGUGACUGCAAAGGAUGCACUAUUAGUCCUCAGGUAGAAGACAGUGAAGGAACAAUCCAAUUUGAUGGAGAAGGUUAUGCCUUGGUCAGCCGACCCAUUCGCUGGUACCCAAACAUCUCCACAGUCAUGUUCAAGUUCAGAACAUUUUCUUCAAAUGCCCUGAUAUUAUAUCUUGCCACACAAGAUCUGAGGGAUUUCAUGAGUGUGGAGCUCGCUGAUGGGCACAUAAAAGUCAGCUAUGAUCUGGGUUCAGGAAUGGCUUCUGUUAUCAGCAGUCAAAACCAUAAUGAUGGGAAAUGGAAAUCAUUUACCAUGUCAAGAACUCAAAAACAAGCGAACAUAUCGAUUAUAGAUAUAGAUACUAACCAGGAAGAGAACAUUAUAACUUCAUCUCCAGGAAACAACUUUGGUCUUGACUUGAAAGCAGAUGACAAAAUAUAUUUUGGUGGCUUACCAACACUGAGAAACUUGAGUAUGAAAGCAAGACCAGAAGUAAGUCUGAAGAAAUAUUCUGGCUGCCUCAGAGAUAUUGAAAUUUCAAGAACACCUUAUAAUAUACUCAGCAGCCCUGAUUAUGUUGGCAUUACUAAAGGAUGUUCUCUCGAGAAUAUUUACACAGUGAGUUUCCUGAAGCCUGGAUUUGUGGAACUCUCCCCUGUUGCCAUUGAUGUAGGAACAGAAAUCAACUUGUCCUUCAGCACUCGGAAUGAGUCUGGCAUCAUUCUUCUGGGGAGUGGAGGGACCUUUAAGCGAAAAAGAAGGCAAACAGGACAGGCCUAUUAUGCGAUAUUCCUGAACAAGGGCCGCCUGGAAGUACAUCUCUCCACGGGGGCGCGAACAAUGAGGAAAAUUGUCAUCAAACCAGAGCCGAGUCUGUUUCACGACGGGAGAGAACAUUCUGUUCAUGUAGAGAGAACCAGAGGAGUCUUGACUGUUCAAGUGGAUGAAGAUAGAAGCCACACGCAAGAACUGACAACAGAACAAGCCGUUGAAGUUAAAAAGCUUUUUGUUGGGGGUGCUCCAUCCGAAUUUCAGCCUUUUCCACUCAGAAACAUCCCUCCUUUUGAAGGCUGUAUUUGGAACCUUGUCAUUAACUCUGUCCCCAUGGACUUCGCACAACCCGUGUCCUUCAAGAAUGCAGACAUUGGUCGAUGCACCCCUCAGAGACCCGGUGAGGAUGAAGAUGGAGUAGGACCAACGGAAGCAGUUAUCGAGCCCCAACCCGUUCCCACCCCAGGCUUCCCUACACACAUUCCAACUCUGGUACAUGGCCCAUGUGCUGCAGAAUCAGAACCAGCACUUUUGAUCGGGAGCAAGCAGUUCGGCCUUUCGAAAAACAGCCACAUUGCAAUUGCCUUCGACGACACCAAAGUGAAAAACCGUCUCACAAUUGAGUUUGAAGUGCGAACCGAAGCUGAAUCAGGCUUGCUGUUUUACAUGGCUCGGAUCAAUCAUGCUGAUUUUGCUACAGUUCAGCUGAGAAAUGGAUUACCCUACUUCAGUUAUGACUUGGGAAGUGGUGACACUAACACUCUUAUUCCCACCAAAAUCAAUGAUGGCCAGUGGCACAAGAUUAAGAUUACAAGAGUUAAGCAGGAAGGAAUUCUCUAUGUAGACGAUGCUUCCAACCGAACCAUCAGUCCCAAGAAAGCUGAUAUCCUGGAUGUUGUUGGAAUGUUGUAUGUUGGUGGGUUACCCAUCAACUAUACCACCCGAAGAAUUGGUCCAGUGACCUACAGUAUCGAUGGCUGCAUCAGGAACCUUCAGAUGGCGGAGGCCCCUGCUGAUCUUGAACAGCCAACCUCCAGCUUCAAUGUGGGGACAUGUUUUGCAAAUGCUCAGAAAGGAACAUAUUUUGAUGGAACAGGUUUUGCCAAAGCAGUUGGUGGGUUCAAAGUAGGAUUGGAACUUCUUGUAGAAUUUGAAUUCCGUACGACUAGAACCACUGGAGUUCUUCUGGGAAUCAGCAGCCAAAAAAUGGAUGGAAUGGGUAUUGAAAUGAUUGAUGAAAAGCUCAUGGUUCAUGUGGACAAUGGUGCAGGCCGAUUCACUGCUGUUUAUGAUGCUGGAAUCCCAGGGCAUUUGUGUGACGGACAAUGGCAUAAAGUCACAGCCAGCAAGAUCAAACAUCACAUUAAACUGACAGUAGAUGGGAACCAGGUGGAAGCCAAGAGUCCAAACCUAGCAUCGACAUCAGCUGAUACAAAUGACCCCGUGUUUGUUGGCGGGUUCCCAGAUGGUCUCAAACAGUUUGGUCUGACCACCAAUGUUCCGUUCCGUGGUUGCAUCCGGUCUCUGAGGCUCACCAAGGGCACAGGCAAGCCAAUGGAGGUGAAUUUUGCUAAAGCCCUGGAGCUAAGGGGUGUUCAACCUGUAUCAUGCCCAGUCAGCUAAUAAAAAUGAAAUUCCAAGAAGUGCCCUUUAAAACAUGUGUAUGCAAGGAAAACAUAUAUUUUACUUAUGUAUGUUAUUAAAACUAAUUUGUGCAUGUAUAUUGAACUCUUUCUGUAUUCAGAUGGUGCUAAUUGAGAUCCCAGACUGAAUUUUUAUUUCUUUCCAGAAUAAAAAUUUAAGUUCUUUCUCAAGUCAGUGAAUAUUAAAGUUGUUAUUUCAUUCU